CAUCAAACAGCCAGCAGUCUUGAAAUGUAUUUUGGUGUCAUUAUCUUCAUUAUCUAAUUAUUUCAAAUUAAAAAAAAAAAAAAUUAGUUUUUUGAUAAUUGAUAAGACAAAAUCAAUAAUUGUCAACAUACUUAUGUUUAUGCUAUUAUCUUACUUUUUCCCAAUCUUGUCUUGAUAUUUGUUUGAUUUACACACCAAACAUUGAUACUCUUCUUUCUCUCUCAUUUUCUCCAGUCCCUUCCUAUCUACAUGCAGUUUUAUGUAUGUAUGUAAUAAACUUCCCACCAGUCCUUAUCUUAGGGCCCAUCCGUGUGUGGCAUCAGUUUCAAUACGCAUGGCUGCUGAGAUAGAGGAACUCAUAGAAGUUGUGAGGUUCUUACUUCCUGUUAAACAAGCAAGGCAAAAGAAAUAGACCGCCCUAUGUUAAAUGAACUACUUUUCAACUGUCAUGUCAGCUUCAAAGCUUUCGGAUUCUUCUUUCACAGUUAUUUUGACUCCAAGGAUUCAUCUAUAAACAGCUGCACAUUGCUCAUGUUAAUGCCUGUUUUGAAAAAUUAUGACAACGGAGGCGAAUGACUGGACACACUUAAAGAAAUUGCCACUUAGUGAAACAACAUCCAUUUAUAUUGUUAGGUGAAAGUGCCUUGAAAUAUCCUCCAAAGUUUUAAACUCAUUCAGACUAAGAAAUAAUGGAGGGUGACAACAGAAGGCACCAGGCCACAGAUUAUGAGCAUAAACUGGAACAGCGUGCUGUGAAGCACAGAGAAAUCAGCGAUCGGAACAACAUGACAUCUUGCCGUAGUCCCACAAGAGAUCUGGAUACACGGUGGAUUAGAAAUGAACUGCAUCGCAAAAGACAGUUUGAGUUCUUAAAAAGAAGACCAGUGGACCAUGGCGCAUAUGCACUGUUAUCUUCAGUGCCAAGGCACAAAUACUCCAGAGAAAUCCUGCAUACACCACAGCAUAUGAUGCAAGCCUCAAUGUCAAUCAGACGGCUCUUGAUAACAAGUCAAAAUGCAAAGCUCAAAAGAGAUGGCAUAAACUCUGCAAAGCAGACAGUCUUUACAUCUUCACUGAAUGAUGAGAAUGAUCCUGGGCAGAAACCAGAGAGGGAUGAACCUGCCCUAAAUCCUUGUCGGAUUACAAGGAAAAUGAAAAAAGAGAGAGUUACUCUACAAGAUAUUAGUCAGCUCUCAAAUAGCCAGAAGACAUUACAAACUGCUGGCAUUCAGACUGAGUCUGGAUUUGUUACUGUCAAAGAAGCGGAUGUACAAAAGUUGGCUGAUUAUUUAGAGGAGGCCUUACAUAGAGAAGAGGCUCUUAAAAAAAAGCUCACUUGCCUUCAGAAGAAUGCUUCUACAUUACUGCACUCUACAGAACUCCUGUGGAAGACUCGCUGUGAUGAGGACUUGCUGAAGAGCAAGAUCAAAGCUCUGGAGGCUCAGCUGCAGGUUUGCAUUAAGAAGGUUCCUCAGGAUGGAAUGAAAAAAGUGGUGCUAAAGAUGGAAAAACAGAGGGAGGAGUAUGAACAGAAAUCUCUGAAGGCUAUUCAUAGGGCAGAAAAUGAGAAGGCGGAGGCUCAAAGCAAGAUGGAGUACCUCCAGGGGACGCUGCAGACAACCCAGGCAGAGUCAUAUCAGUGGCAGAGCCUGUGUGAGGAGCUGAGAGAGGGUUCAAGCCAGCUGAAGAAGCAGCAAGACCAGUGCACUGAUCAGAUACUACAGCUGCAGGGCCACUUAGAGCGCUCUGUUGGACAGGAGGAGAUGCUCAGAAAGUUGACAGAAUCUCUUCAGCAGGAGAGAGCAGAGCUUCAUUCCUGCAUUGCAGAACUGGAGGAAGAAAACCUCAGCCUGAGAGAACAUCUACAGGAAGUCACAGGACACAACCAUGAGUGGUGGAAUAAUAACACACCACUUAUGCAAGAAGAUGCUUCAGUACUGGACCAGCUCCUGCAGACAGAUAAUAGUAUGGCCAAACACCUCAGAGAGACUGAACACAGACUCGGAUUGAAAGAAAAAGAGUGCAUGGAGCUGCAGGCAGAACUUGAGGUCCUGGAGCAGGAGUGUUAUGGCUAUCAGUCCCGACUGACCCAGUGCCGGGAAGAACUGAAUAUACUGACCACACGCCAGAACAGCACGAGGAGGGGGUGCUGUUGGACCUGGCUCUGUAUGUGCUUUUUCUUAAUACUUAUGAUGAUUGUGGUGGUUGCAGCCCUGUGCUUGUACCAUCCACCUGUCAGGGAGCAGCUAUGCCAGUUUUACUCUCUCCUGAAAAAGCGUAUGGAGGACUACAUGAUACUAGCAGCAUCAACACAACGUGGAACCUGCGUUAGACCUGUCUGA